ACCAAAUGAGGAAACAGACCCUGUACUGGUCAAAAAUUAUAUUGACCUGGGUGCUUUGUAUGAUAAAAUAAAGGGUCAUGUAGAAGAAAGCACAGCUCCACUAAAACCCAAAGAGGUUUUUGAGCUAUUAAAGAUGAUAUAUGAGGGAGAAGAUCGCAAAAACAGUGAACAUUCACAAAAAGAACAAAUUGUUGUGAAUGUAGAGGAUAGUAAUAAUAAUCAUGAGGAAUUAAUGAACAUUGGGGACCAUGGAGUCCAUAUGAGAUGGAGGGAAAUGAAGGAGAUAAAAGCUUUAUAUGGAAUUGAAUAA